GGGUGAAUGAAUGGAUGAACGAAGCCACCCAAAGGUGGGUACGUUUCUAAAAUGACUCCACAGGAAGAAAAGCAUCUAUGUUCCAGAGUUGGUUUUUGUUGCUUGCAACCCAGACAGUCAACUCAUGGGCACAUCAGGGAACUGCACGGAAGCUGCAGACCCAACUAUGGAUCCAAUCAGCAGGUUUCUUGGGCCCUUGGGAGCCCCAAGUGGACUCAGAGUUCAGGACCCCCAUCCUGUGGGGUUUCCAGAUCGAAGAAUCCAGGAUUCUAGGAUCAGUUAUGAUAGACCCACUCUCUUGAAGCUUAUAUGUCUAACCCCGCCCCAAAAUUUGUACAUACCUUUCCAUCUGAACCCUGCCAUCUCCAUUUCACAGUAGGAAGUAUCUGGGGGAAUAAAUUCCUGUAUAGUCCAAAGUAGGUUUUUUGUUGUCUGGCAUCUACAGGUAUUAUAGAUUGUGUAGUUAGGGUAAUCAUCUGAUUUAUUAUCCAAAUGUGGACAUUUUGAGCAUGAAAAUGGGCAUGUUAAUGUUUAUGCUGAGACAGGAGGCAAAAAUUAGAAGUGUCCCAAGCCAAGCAGGACGUCGUACUUUGGGCAGAAUGAAUUCCUACCAGAUCACACCUGUUUCAUGGACACAGGACGGGCUGCUUCCCAGGGGCCCUGGGCGGGGGGGCCACCUGCUCCCCUGCCUUGUCCACCAGCAGCUUUGGCAGAUUCCCCUCCUGCCCCUCUGACCCUGCUGCUCCCUGGAGACACACAGCGCGGCUCUGGGCCAGGUCUUGAAUGGCCCGAGGCUGGGGGGACCUGCAGCCAGGGUCACACUCAAACAGGGACUUUGCUCUGGUCUGUUUGCUCUGGUCUGCUCCCUGGUCUGGCAGCAGGCUCUCCAAAAGCUCCCCUCACUCCCUGGCACCCUCACCCCGCUGUUUAUCCGGUCAAAGCACAGUGACCCAAGGGGCUGGCCACAGCAAACGUCCCUAGUCCCAGGGCACCCUUCCCUCAGCCAAACCCCACGUCAUCUGAUAAGUUGGGGCGGGCAUGGGUUGAAAUUUAACCAUCAGCGCUUUGGGUGAGGUUUUACAAAAGAGGUGGGCCACCCCCACCCCACCGCUCGGCUGUCCUGCCCAAAGUGAGGGCAGAGAGUGGGGAAACCCCCCUCUGGUUCUUGGGUCCCCUGGGAACAGAGGCAAGAUGGUCAGGCCCCCAGUGCCGGGCUGGAGUCAUCUGAAGUCCUCAGGUCUGUCUCUCCUGGCCAAGCAGGUAUGGGGCACCCUCCGUAGCCACUUGCUAAGGCCGGCGCGAUGGUGCUCACAGGUUCCCUGUGCGUGGAGAAGGAGAAAUGACGCUUUGCACCCCGUCUGGAAGGGUCCAGCCUCCGUGCCAGGGGGCACCCGGCAGUCCCCCAUCAACAUCCGCUGGAGGGACAGCGUCUACGACCCCCAACUGAAGCCCCUGGGGGUCUCUUACAAUGCGGAGGCCUGCCUCUAUGUCUGGAACACCGGCUACCUCUUCCAAGUGGAAUUUGACGACUCCACGGAGGGGUCAGGAAUCAGCGGUGGCCCCUUGGAAAACCACUACAGACUAAGGCAGUUCCACUUCCACUGGGGAGCAGUGAACGAGUGGGGCUCAGAGCACACGGUGGAUGACCGCGUAUAUCCGGCAGAGCUGCACUUGGUUCACUGGAACGCUGUGAAAUACCAGAACUACACGGACGCCGUGAUGGGAGUGGACGGCUUGGCGGUGGUGGGCGUAUUUUUAAAGCUGGGGGCCCGCCACGAGGCGCUGCAGGAGCUGGUGGCAGUCUUGCCGGACAUAAAGCACAAGGACGCGCGAGCAGCCCUGGGCCCCUUCCAGCCCUCCUGCCUGCUGCCCGCCUGCCGGGACUAUUGGACGUACCCAGGCUCCCUGACCACGCCGCCACUGUCCGAGUCGGUCACCUGGAUCAUCCACAAGAAGCCCAUCGAGGUGGCUCAAGACCAGCUGGCCGCCUUUCGCUCGCUCCUGUUUUCUGUACCUGGUGAAGAAGAGAAGACGAUGGUGAACAACUACCGCCCACUCCAACCCCUGAUGAACCGGAAGGUCCGUUCAUCCUUCCAGGCCACUCACAAGGGAGCAAGACUCUAAAUUCACUCUGUCCACACUAACAGCAUCACACACAUUCCCCUCUGGUAGAGAUGAAGCUCCACAAAAAACUUCGUGUCAUCUUCCAGCUUUACCUGACUCUCAGGUAAACACUGAAAAACAGCCCAGUCCAGAAGGCAA